UUUCCUGUUCAGAGGCGCCUGGCAGUACUCACUCCGGGCUAGUAUCCCUCCGCGCGUCCUUGUCACACAGCGGGAAGUUAAAAGAUGGCGGCCGUCGCAGCAGUGAGGAGUCUCGGCUCCAGUUUGGGUAAAAACCUCCGAGAGAUCCGCGUCCACCUCUGCCAGACCUCCGCAGCCAGCAAGGGGGCCAGAGACUUUGUGGAGCAGCACUAUGUGACUCUGAAGAAGUCCAACCCAGAUUUCCCGAUCCUGGUCCGUGAAUGUUCUGGGGUCCAGGCCCUGGUCUGGGCCCGAUACGAUUUUGGGAAAGAGAGCAGCGUCUCCGUGGAGAACAUGUCCGCUGAUCAGGUGGUCGGCACUCUGCAGACUCUGGCUCAGUCCAGACCUUAACCCCCCACCCCCCACCCCCCCGUCCCUGCUGGAAGUGGUUCAGUCCAACCAGCUUCAUUCAGUUUGUAAAUGUGUUGAUAUAUGUAAUAAUAAACCUUAAAUAUUAUUAUGUCA